GCCGCCGUCACGUUGGCAUCCCUGCCCCUCCUAACCUCACACUCUCAAGUGACCUUCAUCAUGUUAUUUUGGAUUUAUCUUCAAAAACCUUCCGUUUUUCUUUAAUUCCGUCGGCAUGAAAGUGGCGGCGUUGAUCAGUGGGGGCAAAGACAGCUGCUUCAACAUGAUGCAGUGUAUAGCAGCGGGGCACGAAAUCGCGGCCCUGGCUAACAUAAGCCCCCACAACAAGUCAGAGCUUGACAGCUACAUGUACCAAAGCGUGGGUUACGAGGCCAUAGAAUUUAUAGCAGCAGCGAUGGACUUGCCUCUGUAUAGAGAAACCACGAUGGGGUUGUCGGCGCAGUUGGGCAAAACGUACGAACCAACGACCGACGACGAGGUGGAAGACCUGUUCAGAGUGCUGUCGCAAGUCAAGGAAGAUCUGGAUAUAGAGGCGGUUUCAGUGGGGGCGAUUUUGUCGGAUUAUCAACGCGUGAGGGUUGAAAAUGUUUGUAUCAGGUUGGGGUUGGUACCACUGGCGUACUUGUGGCAACAGGAUCAAAAACAGCUGCUCGACGAGAUGAUCAAAUGUGAAGUGGACGCCAUUAUAAUCAAAGUGGCUACUUUAGGCCUCGAACCCAAUAAACACCUAGGGAGAAGUUUGAGUUCGUUACAAGCUCAUUUGUUGUCGAUGAACGAAAAAUACGGCUUGAAUGUUUGUGGCGAAGGCGGCGAGUACGAAACUCUGACCUUGGAUUGUCCUCUCUUCAAAAGUAGGAUAGUAAUUGAAGAGUCUGAAAUAGUCCUGAAUUCGAACGACCCGAUUUGCCCCGUCGGCUAUCUUCGUUUGAAAAAACUCAGUCUAGAAGUCAAAUUACCCAACUUGGAUUUGCAAAGGCGCUUGAGUGGGCUUCCGUUGAAAGAUAGCGACGGUUACAUCACCGACUAUGGAGUGGAAGCGUCGGAUUUUAGCGACGACGACGACAAGUCAGUCAAAAGCAUUGAAGACGGUUGCGUUAGUUCCGAAACGUUGGAGCAAGAAGCGCGCGCCGUGAAAAGCGCGGACGGCUGGCUGUGGAUAAGUGGGAUUCAAGGACGCGCGCCGGACUUCCGAGAAGCGAUGCAGGAGGCCACGCGGACAUUAAAGUCCAUCUUGACCCAGCACUCCCAGUCAGUUCGGGACGUGUGUUCCGUGGUCCUUUACGUCUCCGACAUGUCCCGAUACGGCGAAAUUAAUCAAGUUUAUUGCGAGAUGUUCAAUCACGUGAAUCCACCUAGUAGGGCUUGCGUGGAGGUGCAGUCGUGUUUUCCGGUGAUAUUGGCAGCACUGUCGUGGUCAGCACCGGCUAACAAUUCCGGGGAUUUCCCAGUCGAACGACACACUAUGCACGUCCAGAGUCGCUCUCAUUGGGCGCCUUCCAACAUUGGCCCCUACAGUCAGGCUGUGAGGGUGGGGGAACUCAUACAUCUAGCGGGUCAGAUUGCUUUGAUCCCCGGAAAUUUGGAAAUGGUUAGAGGUGGGAUUAAAGCGCAGUGUCAGUUAGCGCUGAGACACGUAGGGAGGUUACUUAAGGCGAUGGAUCCGAACGUGAACUUAAGGGACGUCGUACAGGGAAUUUGUUAUGUUACUGAUGUCAGUUACGUGGACCGGGCUCGAAAAUUGUGGGAGGAAAGGUCCAACAACGCCAUCGUAGUCUACGUUGUAGUUAGCCAAUUGCCGCGAGAGGCGCUGGUGGAGUGGCACGUCUGGGCCCACAGACACAACAACCAAUUCGAAUACGAGGAAACUGGGAAGUGCUUCGACGGGUAUUCCAUUUCGAUUUAUCGCCGGUGGAACUACGAAAACGACAUAGCGGCUAUUGUUUGCUACGUCGACCGGUCCGAAGAAGCCGAAUUGACCGAGGAAGUUUUUAUAAAUACUGUCGAUUAUACGUUGCAGAAGUUGAAGCAGGGGCACGAGAACGACGCCACUUCGGUCUACAAUCUUUACAUUUUUUACUCGAGAAUGAAAAUUCAUAGUUUGAAGGUGGAUUAUUUGCGGAGUCUUGCCGAAACGUCUGCGUUGGCUUACACGCUCGUGCCUGUGACAUACGUCAAAAGCGAACACACUUAUCUGUCGAUCUGUGGAGUCAGAAAUCAGUAAGCUGCUUUUUUUUUGUUUUUAUGUUGACUGUUGUUGAAUAUACGUUUAUUAUUA